AUGAAAAAAGGCAAAGUAGCCCCGGUUAUUGUUGAAACCAAGGUUGGAAAAUUUCUUUUCCGAGACUUUCGUCCGCCUAUUCAAUUACGAACAUCACCACGACUAUUAACGACUAAAACACAUAAGAAGAAACUGAAUAAAGUGAAAAAACAAUUAAUUUUUCAAGAAGAGAUCGAUAACGGAGAAGAAAAAGAUGACGAAUCUCUUCUAUUUGUUAUUUCAAAUGAUGAACAAGAUAUUCAAUUCAAUGAAGACGAAUUAAUCAACAAAAAAUCAAUCCUUUGUUUUGUUAAUUCGAAAACACGUCGAGCAUUGAUCUUUUCACCUCGAUCAUGUCGAAUAACUUUACUGGGAAUCUUUUCCUUACGACAAAUCUUCGGUUUACCUGCGAAUCUUCAUGGCUUUACUCUUGAAUUGUCUGAAUCUUAUUCAAUCUUUAAUCUUUCCUCUCAAUCAUUGAUGUCAAUCGAAACAACAACAUCUUCAUCGAAACACUCGCUUUCAGAAAAUCAAAUUCGAACAUUUUUCGACGAUUACCAUCUUCAAUUAUCAUCACCCGAUACAUUUGUUAGCGUGAUUCAAAAACUCUCGAAAAUUCAUCAUGGUUUAUCGGUUUUCUAUAUUGAACAACUUCAAACUACUUGGGUCGAAUCAAUCAAAGAAUUUUGUCAAAAUCAUCCAUUAAAUCAAUGGUUAUUCAAUAAUAAAAACAAUGCUGAUAGUGAUGAAGAACAAACACAAAAUAGCGACAGUUUCAAACAAUUGUGGACGGGAAUGGGUGUUUUUAAACAUAGUUAUACUCAAUCGAUCAGAUAUUCAGAUGAUAUUGAAUCUGUGACAGACUCGAUUAUUUCUCGUCUCUUAACGAGAACAUCUGAUAGUCCUUUGAUUAUCUUUGUUUGUGGUGCAAAAGAUUCGGGAAAAUCCACAUAUCUUCGUUAUUUAAUCAAUAAAUGUCUAUCACGAACAUCUGAUUCCUUAAAAAUUACGUUUUUGGACAGUGAUAUUGGUCAAAGUGAAUUCACGCCGAGUGGUUGCAUAUCAUUAAUCACGGAUCUUCAUCAGCCAUUAUUUGGUCCAUCGGCAUCGCAUUUAACCAAACCGUUGAAAUCAUUUUACUUUGGAGAUAUUAAAGUUGAAAAUGACAAACUUGUUCAGUAUUUGAAUUAUAUUAAGUAUUUAUAUGAUUUCAUUCAACAUCGUCAACAAGAUUUAUUAGUUGUGAAUACAAUGGGAUGGGGUUCAGAUUCUGGUCUUGUAAUCAUGAAAGAACUGAUCGAUCUGAUCAAACCACAUAUCCUUAUCCAAUUACGUUCAUCGAAUCCACAUUUUCGUCAUACUAUGCCUGAUCUUGAUUCCCAAUGGACAUUAAGUGCACCUAUUUCUGAAUCUUAUCGUCAAAUAAAUCAUAUUCCAUUGAAUUUCUCAUACAAUCAUUAUGAAUAUCAUUUAUUAUUAACACCUGUUCGUCAACAUAGUCAUGGCAAAUCGAAUUUAACUCGUCAAGCUUGUCUCUGGUCAUAUUUUUGUCAAUUAGAAAACAAACAUUUUCUUCUCAAGCCGUUAAUCGAUUAUGUCAAUCAAAUUCAAGUUUUUUCCUUUGAUAAAAUUGGUAUUGGUUUACUACAUCGACAAAUUCAACCAAAAUAUUUCUUGCAAGUCUUGAAUGGAUCAAUGAUUGGUUUAUGUCGAGUCAAUUCCAAGGGCAAUGAUGAAAUUGUAGCCGGAUUAUAUCAUACAUCACAUUCAUAUCCAGCUUUGAUUGAUGAACGAGCAAAUCUUGAAUGCUUUGGAUUUGGUUUUGUCCGUUCAAUUGAUAUGAAUCGUCGGGAAAUUCACGUGAUUAUUCCUGAUCAAACAUUACCGAAAUCGAUGGUAAAUGCUUUAGUCAAAGGACUUGAUGAUUGUCCAGAUGAGUUUUAUUUCAUGUCAAUCGAUCGAUGGCGAGGUCAAAUGCCUCCUUACGUAACUGAAGACAAACAUGCAUUGUGCAAUUGUAAAAUCAAAUUGAAAAAAAAAAGAGAUUUUGUCAAUAUACAAAAGCAUCAAUAUUGA